AUGCAAUUCAAGAAAACAAUUAUCGUUGCUGCUGCUGCAUCUCUUGUCCAAGCUGAAGAAGUUCACUUGAGAGUCAAGUCCGACAAUUCUGAAAUCAAUGGCAAUUCUCUUGGUUUCCCACACUCCGGUGCAGGUAUUAACUAUGCCUUCUUGGGCACCAGUGGCCAAACACAGGCAUUGGAUUAUGACGAAUCUGAAGGUACUCUAAAGGGUUCCGAAACAGGCUCCUUCCCACAAGUCUUGGGUGUUUCCGGCCACUUUGUCGACCUUGGUGUCCUUGAUCCAAAUGGUAAGUGGAGCUUCGAAGGUAACACCUUACAAUUCAAUGGUACUGCAGACAACUUCUAUGCUUGUAAGAACACCGGUGACCCAUACAACUACUCCUCCAGAUCUUACCAAUUAGUUCACUACAAGGCAGACGCUCCAGAAGGUUGUCUAUCCUUGACCUUAGUCAAGGAUGGAGAAUCUCCUUCAGGCAGCUCAACUACAGCAAGACCAACUUCAACCGCAGGCCCAUCGUCCUCCUUAGUUCCAACUGAUUCUGUCUCAAGUGCUACCUUCAUCGACGGUGCUGCCCAAUACGCUCCAGGUGCUUUUGCAGUCGCUGCAGGUUUUGUUGCUGCUCUCUUAUAA